AUGAGAGUCUACUCCUGUCAUUUCUGCCUGUCGCCGGUCUACCCGAGCAAAGGUAUCAUGUUCGUUAGAAACGACGCCAAGGAGUUCAGAUUCUGCAGAGCCAAGUGCCACAAGGCCUUCAAGCAGAGAAGAAACCCUAGAAAGUUGAGAUGGACCAAGGCCUUUAGAAAGGCUGCCGGUAAGGAGUUGGUCGUCGACUCGACGUUGACGUUCGCUCUGAGAAGAAACGUCCCCGUCAGAUACAACCGUGAGUUGGUGGCCACCACCUUGAAGGCCAUGUCUAGAAUCGAGGAGAUCAGACAGAAGCGUGAGCGUGCCUUCUACAAGAACCGUAUGCGUGGCAACAAGGAGCGCCAGAUGGCUCUUGACCGUAAGUUGGUGGAGGAGAACCCUGAGUUGUUGAGAAUGAGAGAGGUCGAGUUGCGCAGAAAGGCCGAGAAGAAGGCCGCCAAGGAGGCAGCCGCCGAGCUGGAGGAGGUCGAGUCCGAGGACGAAGACGAGGACAUGAUGGAGGUCGAGUCCGAGGAGGAGUCCGACUCUGAGGCUGAGCAGCAGAAACAGAAGGUGUUGUUGAAGGCCAAGAGAAAGGCCAGAGCCUGA